UGUUGCUAACCCACACAAGGUGGCAGUCGACAAAUUUCUCGUUGCCAUGAAAACCAAGGUGCAAGAGGAAACCAAACCAGUCUGUGCCAUCUAUCAAGAAGAAGUAUCAGCCCUUCGAUCUGACCGUGACUCAGGUGAGAUGAUCAGAGAGAUUCCAACAUUCUAUAGUUGCUGUGCUUCCCUGUAUAGAGCCCGAGCAAAGAUCCUCCCAGCACUUCCUCAGACCCGCAACGAUAUCCAGCUUCCAGAUUCUUACACCAAGACCACAUCCGGAGACGACUUCCUUCUCCACGCAGCAGCCGACAACAGGUUUCUAGUGUUUUCCACACAAGAAAAUCUUUACCAUCUCGCCAAUGCAGACACUAUAUACUGUGAUGGAACAUUUAGCAUGAGUCCUACCUUAUUCACCCAGAUCUACACUAUACAUGCCUUUGUACACAAUAAAAUGUUCCCUUUGGUGUAUGCACUAUUACCCGAUAAGAAGGAGGCAACAUAUGUUGAGUUCCUCAGAUGUGUUAGAGACAAAACAUUGGCACUUGUCAAUGUUAAUCUUAACCCAGGCCAUGUGUUUACAGAUUUCGAAGUUAGUAUGCAAAAUGCUGUGAGAACUGUGUUGCCGAGGUCAGAACUAAAAGGUUGUUUUUUUCACUUUGGUCAGUGUAUUUGGCGCAAUGCGCAGAAAUAUGGACUACAAGCAGAUUUUUCUCGGGUGCCAGAAAUCAAUAAAAUCGUCAAGCAAGCAGCAGCAUUACCAUUAAUUCCAAUACAGCAGGUUGAAGAUGUAUGGCUGCAUGCCCUUGAUGAUGCACCACUCCAAGAUGCCAGAGUGUUGCAAUUUGCAGAUUACGUAACCGAGUUCUGGGUGGAGGGGCAGCAUGGCAGAAUGAUGUGGAACCAUUUCCACACUGAAGGUCCACGCACAACGAACCAUGUUGAAGGAUGGCAUUCCAAGAUAACAUCCAUUAUUGCCACCCCUCACCCAAAUAUUUUUAAGUUGGUGGCUUUUUUUAAGAAUGAAUAAGCUUACUCCGAAGUAACCAUUCUCCAGUUAGGUGCCAACGGAAAAUUACGGCCUAAGAGAAGAAAGUACAGGCAACUAGAAACCCGACUCCAAACUCUGAAAACAGAUCUUCAGAACGGUAUAAAGACUGUAUUCGAGUAUGCCGAUGGCGUAGCCCGUUUAACUACAUUGUAAAUUUUCAUUGUUUAUCUUGUUUUUGUGUGAUGUAUGAU